CCCUCGAGAAGGAAGACGAAGAGUAGCCUCCCGGCGUUUCUUGCAGGGGAAAAAGGAUCGAUUUUUUGGGUUGAUCUAAAAAAGAGAUUUUUGAGUGGAAGACUAAUCGAGGAAGAAGAAGGAUCUCCAAUUGACUUCACCAAGAAAACUCUCUCUCCAAAUCGCAUCGCCAAUCCUACCCCUUCUGGUUCUCCAAGAAGAAAUAUUGUUAUGGAAUUUGCCCAAGAUGCCGAUGAGAACAGUGGGCAUUUUCACAAAAUUAUUGGGCCAAGAUCACAGAAUCCGGCGAAACGAAUCAAGAUCCCCAACCCUUUAACCACACCGGCAAUUUCAAAGAAGAAGAUCUUGGCCGAGAAGAAUGAUUCUCCCUUCUCAGAUUCUUGUGAUCUCUACCACGACAGAACCCCACAAGAAAAUGCCAUGGUGGUUUCGGGCCAUCCUGGUGCCAAUUCUCGAGUCAUGCCCCUUUAUUCGAAGGUCUCUGGUGAUCAAAAUGCCAUAAACCCUGAUUGUUCUCAGGCUCCAUAUGAUCCGCUGAUCAAUUACACAUCCCCAAGGCCAGAGUUCCUCCGCUACAAUCCAAAUAGGCGUCAAGAAAUUCUUCAGCGCAUAGAGGGAGAGAUGAAGAAAGAAGAAGAGGGAUCAGGGGCCGAGUGGAGCUCUUCAUCUGAUUCCAAGAAGACCGCCGCGGAGGAAUCAUCGUCAGCGUCUUCCACACCUUUGCCGACAUCCUUCCAAGUAAAAGAUGUUCAAGAAAGUGAGGAAGUUGUUAGUGAUGCCGAGGAUGAUGACGCAGAAGAAGAGGAGGUGGAGGUGACGCCAUGGUAUUCUAGAAUUGCAUGGAGGUUACUUCUUGUACUUGGGGUUUUGCUGCCCUCAUUUUUUUACAUAUCUUUUAUGAAUUAUGCUUCUGUUCCUACUUUAAAAGAAUAUGGAGGCCUUCAAGAAAAUUAUCAGAUGAUUCAGGAUGGAGGGCUUGAUCAACGAGCCCAUAAUCUGAACAAAUUUCCUGGAAAUUUCUGGGGGAUCUUAAUGGGAUUGUCAAAUGUGUGCUUGGACAUACAUUCCAGGGAACUAACAUGUGCAAUUGAUGGUUUGAAAAGGGAAGUCCCAAAAGAGGAGGAUUUGGAAGAAGGAAUAUCAAUUAUCCAUCUCAGAAGUUUAAUUGAAGAUGAAAAGUUGGAUGAAAAACUUCUAACGUUGGAGGAUACUGCUAGAAAGGAUGCAUCUGAGGAGAAGAAAUCCUUUGAUGGAACUGAACUAAUAACAGAAAGAGAAAGAGAUACAAUGCAUGAGAAUAGAACAUUAGGUGAUAUUGACUCAGUGGCUGAACAAAUGAGUGAGGAGGUGGCUAGUUCUAAUGAGAUUGAGCAGGAAGCAUAUACUGAAGGAAACACUGUGGCACUUAAAGAUGAAGGGCGUGAAAAGGUUGAGAUUUUGAGAGAUGAGUCGAUGGAGGUACACAAUAUUGCUGAGCUUUUGAAAGAAUCUUCACAAGUUUCAGAGACUGAAUUGGUUGCAAUUGACUCAUCAUUUGGUCAAGAUGCCCCUGAUGUUUGUGGUUCUUUUGAACCAAAGCAAGAUCUUGGAGAGGAGGUGCAGGUUAUGGGCAAUUCUGAUUUUGAUGAAUGCUUGCAUAUUCCUCAGUCCAAGAUUGCCGAGGGCAUAUCAUCCAAUAAUCAGAAGCUAGAAGAAUCUGAAGUCUCCAGUAAUUCUGAUAUAGAAUUGAAAACGGACAGCAUUUAUCUGUUUGCAUCAAAGUAUGUGCUCCAACUGCUAUAUCUUUUGACAUGUUUGUCAACGAUUAUUGUUUUCAAUGGCUUGCUCAAAUACUUAAAAUUUCACAAGAUCUCAGCAUGUGAAUCUCACAUUCCUCCUGCUCUCAAACGUGCUUCUGAGUUAGCACUUGAGAAGAAUAAUAGGUCAGUUGUGUCUGCGAAGGAAGAAGUGGAGGACAAGAAUAGUGAUUCAGAUGUUUAUCAGAUGCCUCUGACUCAUUCGAAUGAUGAACAAAUGAAGUUUAAUGGAGUUCAACCACCAACAGUGGAAUUGCUUGCAGAGUUCUUAGUCGUAGAAGGAACUAUCCCUGGGAAAGGUUCAGGUCAGAAAGUGAGAAGGUCAGCUGACUCGGCCGAGGAAUUUCAAUUGUUUCAAUCUCAAAGGAAGAUUUCAGUGAAGAAGAACCUUCCAUCUUCAGCUAAUAAGGUUUAUCCAUCUCCUUUAGAGUCUUCAUUAGCAGCAGAGUCCAUUUCAACCAGAAAUUCUCCAGUUCGGAAGCUGCAAAAGAAAAAGGAUGCUGAAGAUAGAGAAGAGGUAGUCAAGGAGUUAACUCCUCCUUUGAGGCGCUCAAUCCGACUCCGCAACCGGGUUACUUCUCCUUGAGCUGAAGAUGAGACAGUUCUUUUAGUGCUGAUCGAAACAGUAUCCUGUUGUUUCAUGUUCCGAUUUCUUUGACUUGUUGUAUUGACAAAACGAAUGCUUCCUAGUACCACUGUACUAUUAGAAAGCUUGACACAACUGGAUGAUUAUUUUUAACAUGUAAUUCUUUUCUCCCGCUUGACAGCUUUAACUCUGCAUGAAAAGAAAUUUAAGAA